GGCGUGCAACACUCUCAUUUUCUUGCUCUAAGACAGCCGUGCACCUCAAGAAGAAAACCCACCAAAGUUCUUCAUUUUUCUUUCAUCGAAUCUUCACUGAUCCUCCACCAAAUCACACCAAAAUUUCACCAUACAUAGCUAAUCACUUGGAGACUACACUAAGCUAAGAAAAAGGGGCUAUUUUCACAGUUUUCUUGGAGCAAGGAGGGACCGAAAAUUUCUGUUUUGCACACCAAGUGAAGUAGACGCUCAAGGGGAUCUUCAAGAGGAACUCGGAGCGGACGUCUAAACACUUGUUUGAGCGCUUACUCUCUUGUUUCAAUAGACGUCUCUCCUGCUCUCUGCAUAAAUAUGAGUGCCAAGACCUGCUCCAAUAAGCAUUUUAGAGGGAAAGGAAAUUCACCUCUGCGGCCUGAGCACUUCAAAACGUCAUCGUAUUUUGUCAAUCCGAAGCACCGAAAGAGAGAAAUGUCGAAGCGGGGAAAGAAGAAGGACGAGGACUACGCCUCCGAAGACGAAGAGCCCAAUAAGCGUCCCAAGAAAUCUUCCAAAGCCGACGAUUCCGAUGACGCUGCCGACGACAUUGUCGUCUGCGAGAUAUCGAAGAAUCGGAGGGUUUCUGUGAGGAACUGGCAAGGAAGAGUGGUUGUUGAUAUUCGGGAGUUUUACGUCAAAGAUGGCAAGCAACUCCCUGGCAAAAAAGGGAUAUCAUUGACCAUGGACCAGUGGAAUGUACUUCGUGAGCAUGUGGAUGAAAUUGACAAGGCAGUUGCUGAGAAUAGUUAGAUGGUCAGGCUUGGGAUUGUGUACUUUUGUUAAUAUGAAUCAACUGGAAUUUUGCAUGAAGAAGGGGCUGGAAGGAUGUAACUAGUGAUAACUCUACUUAGACAUGCUAACAUGUUAGCCUUAGUUUAGAGAAUGUAAAAAGAUAAAUCUGAUGCAGCUUUUGAGCUUGUUAUGUCUAUUAUCCAUGCAAUGUCUAUUUUGAGGUCAUUUGCCAAAGCA